AUGUACUCCACAAAAAAAUUCUUGAUUGUUUGUAUUUGCUUAAUAUCAAUCCCUGCAUGUCUUAGUAAAUCCGAAAACCAGGAUAGUGAUGUUUUACAUAGAGCUAAAAGACAACUUUUAUUCCCCAACUCGACUCUACUGCAGUUAAACGCUGGCGUAGGUACGCCGACUCCUAUAAAGACGAUCAAUGUUAAUUGGGCUUUCCAAGCCAAUUUUCAGCUGCCAUGGAACAGAACACAGAUACCACUUGAUGUUUUAGAAGCCGAUUCUGGCUAUCCAGGAUUAUCAAGAGGGAAAAGAGAAGUAAGCAAUAAUGCAAUCACUAGUAGUGACGAAAGGAUAUAUUAUGAAAACGAUGCGAGACUAUAUCACUUUUAUAAGUACGUCGAAGACGUCUUAAAUGGAUUUGGUCAUAACGGAACAGCGUGUGUACUGAGAGCGCUGUGUCACCUGGGUGCUGAACCACUUCAUAAUGACGACGAUGAGGAUCUUUUGCACGAGUUGGCCAGCUAUGUUCUUAACCCUGAAAAUGAUAAUUUUGGCGGUGAAACUACAAACGCUGAAACAUUCCCCUACAUCAAGGCAUUUAAAUCAGGCGAAAGUUUGGAGUAUUGCAUGGAGAUGUACAACUGUUCAAUAUCCCUUGUUGAGAUGUUUACAAAAAUAAACGAUAUUUCUUAA